AUGGGAAUUUUCGUUCAUACCGAGUCCAUCGCACAGAGGAAUCGACAAAACUUCAUUUACAGCGCUUGCCGACGGGGACGCCACUUCGAGUUUCAACAUUUGAUACUGUACGUGCGAUCUGACGCAGCUCUCGGUGGUCAAAAGAGAGCUCGUGAAAUUGUUCGUGCAACUAGCGAUACGGAGCAAAAAGGCAGCACAUCCGAGGAAAACAGCACGUGUUCGGAUGUUAGCUUUGUGGUGACGGAAACGGAAUCCGACGACACGUCUACCGACGAACAGAUCUCCACUGAAGACAAUGCAUCUAAUUCUACUGGCUCUGAACAAGAUGACUCGCAAAUUUCUCGUCCUGAUGCUCAGCCAGAGACAAUAGAGAAAAAUGGUGUUGUAUGGACAUCACAAAAGUCUAUGCGAGGCGUCUAA